AUGGUGGUUAAUGAAGGGAGCCUUCUUGGUGCAUAUUUCCAGCAGAGAGCGAAGGGCGUGCUCGGGAAUAUUCAGCGGGUCGGCAUGCGAAGCUUUAGGAGGAGCCACCUGCAGCAAGAACUAGAAUCCAAAGAGCAAGAGAAAGCCACGCUCAUCAAUGAAAGGGCGCAACUCUUCGUAAAAUGGGAUGAAAUCCGCGGUAUGAAUCCUGUAGCAGCCCCCUCGGAUGCCGGGGAUAAUAACGCCCUCCCCACACCAGUGCAGCACCAUCAAGACAUCGUCGACUGCCUGAAACGUAUGGAGGAGAAAGACGCCCUGAAGAAACAGAAGACCAUCACAAGAAAACUAAUUAACCUUAAUGGAGGUAAAAUACGCCUGCCGCAAGAACAUGACAAAUAUAUUAACCUGACCACCUACACCCCUUCUCCUGAAGAAGAGGACAUACUCAAGAAAGGCCUGAAUUGCCACUUCAUCUCUCGCCCCCGUCCCCUUAAUAAGAGGAUGGAGAUAGAAUACCUUACGGAGACGAUACUGAAACAAGAAAGCCUUGGGAAUACAGGUCUCCUCGUAGUGUAUAGUGUUGCUGAUGAAGGAGGUUGUGUUGUUUAUGCACUGGCCAGACUUGUGAGACCCUUGCGAAAUACCAACCAUGUAAAUGUUGAUAUACAGGUGACAGCCAGUCUCUUAGAUAUAAAGGAGCUUCUGAAAUGGAUCAAAUUUCAUGGGUUUCACUUGAGAAAAUUUUGUGUUGAAAAGGGAAUGAUGCUCAUCAGCACUUGUAAUGCAAAAGAUUAUCUCUCGGCACUAAAGUACCUGCCAAAGCUCGAGAAAAAUGCCUAUGAAGGAGUGGUUUCAGUGCAUAUAGAUAAGAAGACUCCGAGAACUGACACCAUUCUUCACGAACUUGCAAGAAAUGAGUUCACGGUUGUCCUAGACCUUUACCACGACUUCAAGAACCCUAUGGCACCAACAACAUCCACCGACAUGCUAAACGUCCUCUUCGAAAAGUGUCGAGUAGAGAAGUAUGUUGGGAGGAUGGCAGGUGACCUGAGGCUUCCCAAGACUCUGAAGACAUUGUGGGCAAGUGUUCCUGAUACUUCUGCCUGCAUUCAGCUCCAGAACUUUCUCAGGGGUGUACACUGGUUAAAUUCUUUGUGUGUCUGUACAAACCUUAAUUUGGAUCCAGAGAUUAAGCCAUUACCAGGCCAUUUCCUGACAGACAGUUUCUGCCUCUACAUCCCUGGGGUGACCUCCGUUGAGGAUAUUCUGAAAGCUACUGAAAUUGCCAUAAAGAUCAUGCCCACCACAUUAUUCCUAGGGCCGGACUAUCUCCUGUUCCCACAGCUGAACCUGACGCAAGACGAAGAGGUAAACUGCUUCGUUUCCAAUAUGGAACGCCUGUGUGAUAUAUACUCAAUCAUCCUUCCUAAGUCACUCAAGCAAUCACAGAAAUUCAUUAAAAAAUGUCAGAGUCUCGAUAUUGAAUGGGAACUGCCUCGUUAUUUAGGACCUAGUACCAUUCCAAAUCUGGACUCAUGGUGAAAUGACAGUGCCAACUAAGAAGUGCCUGGCGCUGUAGUGUCAGCUGUUCUCGAAGAUGACCAGACCAAAUCCAUAGGUCCCGUCCACAUGGUCGAGCUUUGCCCGACGAACUUUGUUCGAUGUGACGUCAGCAGCGGGAAAAGUCAGAACCUUAUCUGCUGUUUCUCUGCUUCUGACGUCACAUCGAACAGAGUUCGUCAGACAAAGCUCGGCCGUGUGGACGGGCCUUUAGAGCACCGUCACUUGAAUUCCCGCCAUGUUUUUCCAAGUAGGGCCCUGUUUUUAUUCGUCCUAUGGCUGUGACAACAACAAAACGUGAUUAUCCAGAAAAGAGCUUCUUCAGAUUUCCUAAGGACAAAGAACAGUAGGCAAAUAGCUAUAGAUGGGCGUAUAUGGAUUGUAACAUGCAGCUGAUCAUCCGUGAAUGUAACACCCAUGUUAAAAGUUAUCGUUUUUGUUAAAUGUAUUAAGGCAAUGCUAGUGGAAACUAUGAUCCAUCAGGGAACCUUUUGGUGCCCAAAGCAAAGAGCUUUGUUUCUUGUUUAUAUCCCAGUCCAGCACAAUGUUUUUAAAGUACAACGUGAAUUGAUGAGAUAUGUAUACGUGUAAUCAAUGGCAUUUAUCCCUUAGGAAGUGCCAAGAAUGUAAGUUAAUAGUCAUAGGUUAACAUACUUGGUACGAAAAUAUAGAUUAUGCUGACCAAUUUCGCAUAUUCAUAGAAAGAGUUGAUGAGAUUUUUGUAACCAGAACAGCUACACUUAUAAGUUCCUCGGGGAUGUUGACAGAACCGAUUGAUUUAUAUCAGCAUCUUAUUCCCUCUGCUGUAGAACAUGUAGCUAAUCCUUAGUAUUUAAUGUCUAUUGUCACAAUACCUGCGAUGCAGACUUCAUUAUUAUUCUAAAUUUGAAACCCGGCAUUUAUUAAAAUGCCAGGGUAAAAGCGUAACAGGAAAGCCAAAAUUCUCAUGUAUCAGUAAUAUAGCGUAGGUCAGAGCUGGUCAGAGUCGAUUGCGGCCGCUUGUUUGGUCGAUCACCGUUCCCCCACAAUCCUGUAUAUUCAAACAAAAACACAAGCAUAUAUAUAUAUUUUUUUCCCAAGUAAUAUGUGAUUAUGUAGUAUGGUCGGUCAUAAAAGAGUUUAAGUCUUUAGAGCAGAUCUCGGAGUCCAAAAGUCUGGCCAGCACUGGCCUAGGUGAUACAUGUAGUACACGUGCAUGUACACUGUUUUACUACGUGAAACUGACCUGAUAGCCUAUAUGCCAUGCAUUACUUAUAAGCACUUCCAGAGUUUAUGUCGUUAUGUACCGUGUAUAUAUAUAUUGUCAAUAAAAAUUGUUUAAGCAUACAUACCUUAUUUUAAUGCAGGUUCUAAACUGUA